CCCCGCGCCGUGCUGUGUGUGUGAUGUCUGGGCUGGAGAGUGGAUUUUAAAGAUGGCCGGAGCGGCUCCCGUCUACUGUGUCUGCCGGCAGCCGUACGAUGUGAGCCGGUUCAUGAUCGAGUGCGACAUCUGCAAGGACUGGUUCCACAGCAGCUGUGUAAAAGUCGAGGAGCACCAGGCAGCCGAUAUAGAUCUCUAUCACUGUCCGAACUGUGAAGUGCUUCAUGGACCCUCACUGUUGAAGAAGAGGAGGAACUGGCAUAGGCAUGACUAUACAGAGUCUGAUGAUGGGACAAAGCCAGUUCAAGCUGGAACAAGGACCUUUGUACAGCAGCUGCGAGCGCGGUCCUUUCCAAGCGCUGAUGAGAUUAUAUUGCGGAUGAAUGGAAGCCAACUGACGCAGAGGUACCUGGAAAAACAUGGAUUCAACCUUCCAAUAAUGGUGCCGCAGUUAGAUGAUCUGGAUCUCAGACUGCCACCUCCAACCUUUUCUGUAAUGGACGUGGAGCGUUAUGUUGGUGGGGACAAGAUUAUUGACGUCAUCGAUGUGGCCAGACAAGCAGACAGCAAGAUAAGGCUGAAGAACUUUGUGAAGUAUUUUAUGAACGCUGACCGACCCAAAGUAUUAAAUGUCAUCAGCCUGGAGUUCUCCGACACCAAGAUGGCAGAGCUAGUAAAAGUGCCGGACAUCAGUAAAAAGCUGUCUUGGGUUGAGAACUACUGGCCUGAUGACUCCCUCUUCACAAAGCCGUUCGUUCAAAAGUAUUGUCUGAUGGGGGUAGAGGGCAGCUACACCGACUUCCACAUAGACUUCGGAGGCACUUCUGUCUGGUAUCAUGUUUUGUGGGGGGAGAAGAUUUUCUACUUGAUAAAGCCCACCGAUGAGAACUUGGCGAAGUAUGAAGCAUGGAGCUCGUCUGUUACCCAAAGCGAGGAGUUUUUUGGGGAUAAGGUGGACAAAUGUUACAAAUGUGUGGUGAAGCAGGGUCACACACUCUUUGUCCCAACAGGUUGGAUUCACGCUGUAUUCACGUCUCAGGAUUGCAUGGCCUUUGGUGGGAACUUUUUGCACAAUCUAAACAUUGGCAUGCAGCUCAGGUGUUAUGAGAUGGAAAAAAGACUGAAGACCCCAGAUCUCUUCAAGUUCCCUUUUUUCGAGGCGAUAUGUUGGUUUGUGGCAAAAAACUUACUUGAAACUUUAAAAGAGCUAAGAGAAGAUGGUUUCCAUCCUCCAAAUUAUCUCAAGCAAGGUGUGAAAGCGUUAAUUACUGCACUGAAAAGCUGGAUGAAAAAAGAAUCCGUAGCGGAACAUGCUUUCGAAAUUCCGGACAACAUCCGACCUGGACAUCUGAUUAAAGAGCUGUCUAAAGUCAUACGCUCUGUAGAGGAGGAGGGGAGCAAGCCAGUCAAAUCUCAGGGAAUACACAGUCUGAGCCCGCUCUCCCGAUCCCCGCAGGAGAAAUCCUCCAGUCAUUCCAGGCGGAAAGUGCGGCAGCUGCGCGACCAUUCGAACAAAGCACCUUCAAACCUUGAUAUUCUGGAGCAUCACACCAGGGAGGUGCUAAAGAGGCUGGAGAUGUCUCCGUGGGAAGAGGACUCGGAGAGUUACAAGUUGAACAUGAAAUUUAACAAGCCGCUGCAGCCAUCUUCAACCGUCCCUGAUCAGAAAAUGAGGGAUAAUGGCAUCCGGCUGCUACUUUCAAACGGAAGGAUAAUAAGAGAUGAAAGACAGCAGUUCACUGACCGCAGUCUGUACACUGCUGACAGCGACGAUGAAGAUGACCGUGCCAGGUCAAGAAAAGCCCAGAAUAUUAAAGCAGAGAAGUCUUGCUCCAGCUCGGAGGCCGAGGGCAAAGAAGAAGCUCAGAAACCACUUAAUAUGUUUUUCGAAAGUGUCAAAUCGGAACUCAGGAAUGGAACCUCAGAAUAUUCCGAUAUUUCUGAUUCUGAAGGAUCCGAAGCAAAUUGCACUAACCAGCAGAAAAAUCCCUCAGAAGAUUCGGACAGCUCAGGUGACGAGCAGCAGCAGAAAUACACAGCAAAUAUUAAAGAAGAGGACACGACCUGCAACAACGGAUUUUACUGGUCAGCUAGUGAAAUACCGCGAAAAAGUGAAUGUCCCAGUUCGACCAGCAUGGAGGAGGAUGCAAUUGAGGGCAUGUUGUCUAUGGCAUCUUUGCACUGUUCUUCUUGGCCUCCUGCAGAGGCAAAGAGCACUGGCUGCAAAAUUGGGCGUAUAUAUCCUCAGCUGCACAUCAAGUUCUCUCAGGAGAAGGUGGAAUCUCAAGAGCCAGAAUCGUUGACCAAUGGUCACAGUAAUGAAGAUGAUUCCAGUACAGAGUGGAGCAGUCAGAUGGACUUUUCAUGUGGGUCAAAUCCUCAGGAUUUCUGCAAAGCUGCAAAAAGUCACAGGCGGGAGCACUCCGGAGAGGCGGGUGCGAACACUCACAAGAUUAGGCGCUUCUCCGAGAGCGAGGGUUGGGUCUCCCCGCGGUACCAGCCAGAAACGUAUGACCAGGAGGGCAGCCUGAGCCCAGCAGACUCUCGUCUGAGCGACGGCAGCCUGAGUCCAGACAGAAUAUAUGGAGAGACCUCACCCUCUGUGCCCCUUCACCCUACCAAGAGACCUGCCUCAAACCCACCCCCGAUCAGCAACCAGGCAACAAAAGGUAAACGGCCAAAGAAGGGCAUGGCUACUGCUAAGCAACGUCUGGGAAAAAUCUUGAAGCUCAAUCGACACGGUCAUGCACGCUUCUUUGUUUGA